AUGGAUCAGCAGGGCAGCGUGUGGGCUGGCUACCUGCCCCAGAACGUGCCCCUCCAGAUCAUCUGCUACCUACCCCAGGAGAGAGAGUUCCUCCCCUGGCACGCUGCCAGCCGCUCCCUCUACCAGCUGGACAAGCUGCUGGACCGCACAGAGGACUACAGCCUCUUCAGUGACUUUGUGCUGAAGCAAGUGGCCUCAAAGUACCACAAGAUGGGCUGGCCCUUGGCUCUGACAGAAGGCUCCAUCAUACAGGCCUCCUACCAGACUGAAGAGCUGCAGAGAGAGGUGAUCAUGCUGGCAUGUAGUUUCGGGAACAAAGACUGUCACCGCCAAGCCGUGUCGCUCAUCUCUGAUUGGAUCUCCAGCAACAAGAACAG